AUGGACGACUUGACGCACGCUGUUGCUGGUGUAGCUCACGUUGAGAAACCAUAUCAAGAAGGCCAACUGCAUAUUCGUAAACUCGAGGUCUUUCGACAACCCACAGAACAAACAUGCACAGAAGCAAAGGCAAAAUUGAAAAUGUGGCAGACGGAGAGGAAUGGUUUGGAUCGAUGGACGCUUCAAUGGUUCCUGUAUUGGUGUAUUUGUGAGAUUGAAUCUGAAAAGAAGCGUUGUGACAAGGGCAUCGAGAAGGCACAAGCAUUAGUGGAUGAAUCACAGAUCAAGUUGGAUGAAGAGAAUGAGAAGAUCCGACAAGCGGAGAGCCAGAAUGAAAAAUAUGCUGUGGAUCAUCGUUCACUUGUCAAGUACCGUGAAGAGUUGACCGAAUUACUGGAUGGCCUAUUCAAGGAGAUGGAGAAAGAGGAGGAGGAUGCUGUAAAAGCCGCCAAGGAACAAAUGGAAGCGACCAAAGCACGUCUGGACCAAUGCAAGGAAGAUGCUGAAAAGCUGGAUAAAGUGCGCGAGUUGCUAGACAAGGCUGACAAGAGCAUGAUUGAAGCCAUUGUGGAAUUACGGGAAAGCAACGACAAGAAAUCGGUGCCUGAAGGGCAAGUGUUCUUUCCUCAAGAGGCUUACAAGGCCAUCAAGGAAGCACGUGAAUUGUACCCCGCUUUGCCAGGAAUUCCACAGCCUGUCAUCUACGACAAGAAACCAGAUGAAACAGGUGCUUUCUAUUCCCCAAUGCAGAAGUAUCUUUGGGAUAUACGUCAUGGAUUGUCUGAUAUCAGAAAAUGGUGUGAUGUUGAAGCCUUGGCAUUGAUGGAUAAGGAACAUGAGGCAAUAGUCGAAUUGGGUACCAAGACAGAUGCAUGGAAUAUGGCACGGCGAGACAUAAUCAAGCAGCAGCAACAAGCUUAA